AUGGAGCCCCCAUCCCCGCGCCGCCUCGGGGCCGCACCCCGCAGGGGUGUCCUCGGGUGCAGCCGCGGGAAGACCCCGAGCGCCGACUCCCCGGCAGCCCCGCUGGGCGCCCCGGCGGCCGAGGGACCGCAGCGCCGGGCCCCGCGGCGGGGGCGGCGUGCGCGGGGGCGCCGGCGGCCGGGCGUCUCCGCAGCAUCCCCGAGGCCUCCCGCGGCGCAUCCCCGCCGCCAGCUUACCUGCGCGGCGCUCAGGCUCCGGAGCCCAUUCACAUGGUCCUCUCCCCGCCCUCCUCCGGCGCGGCCGAGGCGGCUCCGGGAGCUCCCCGGCGGGCCCGGGAGCCGGUGGGCCUUCCGAGAGCACGGAGGGGGCGGCGCCGGGGUGUCCCCGGCCCGGCGGCCGGAUCCCUCCCUGGCGCGGGCGGCGGCCGCCGGGCGGUGCGACGCGGGCGGCGGCUUUGUGUGCGCCCGGGCGGUCCUCGGUGCGCCGGGAGAAGCGCGGCGCGCCUGGGCGGGAGAGGACGCGCCGCUCGCAGGGAAACCUCGCCUCUACUCUCGCCGCCGGCCGGCGGGCGGGUCUCGAAGGCCUUCGGCUCGCGGCGACCCCUCCUCCUCGCCCGCGGCAGCCCCCUCCUCGCCGGCUCCGCUCCUGACAGAUGGCGCAACUGCAACGACGCGCCGCCGCCACCACCGCGGCUGCUCGCUGCUACUCUUGCUGAUGCUUGGCCCCUCCAGCUCCGGAGGGGAGCGAGGAGGGGGCGGGGUGCGCCCCGAGAGUGACAGGCCCCGCUGCCCUAUCAAGGAGCCCCUUGGGAGCUGCGGGCCUCAACCAUUGGCGCCUGGCGCGUGGGCGGGACGGCUGUGGGUGGGGCCGCCGAGUGGGUUGAGCGUUACUGUGGCAGCGGGCAUCCCAGGGUGCGUGCGGUGCAGGGUGUGCAAGAGGAUGCGAGGUUGGAGGAGGAGCUUUAAAUGGAUUUGGACUCCUCCGGAGGAUUUGCUAAUGGUCUGAACAAGUGUAUAGAGCACUGCAAAAGAUUUGGAUACUAUUGCCCCUUUUGAUCUAUUCUGCUGAUCUCUACCAAGAACUUGAUUAAAGAUCUGAGAUGCUGUCCCUGGCCUGCCCAAGUGUUGAAACUGGGAGAUCCUUAGAGAUGACCAGAAUGAGGACCUCAUGUGAAGGCCCAGGAAACUGAUCCAUCGAGGCUAUAUCAAUAGACACCUCACUCCCUGACUUGCCCAAAGGGAGCUCUGGCAGGAGAUGAGAAGAAAGAGCAGGAUGAGCUCCAGCAACAACUGUUUCGUAUGACUUUCUGCGGGACUCUGAGGAAUGUUGGGAUGAUAAUCACAGGAACCAAUGGUUGCCUCUGGAAAGCCCAUAAUUCUGCACAUUCAUGGAGCUUCACUCUGAUUCCAAAUCCAGAAAGACCACCAUGUUGCUGAUGGAGACACUUGAAAUCCUUCUACAUCUUCAUUCAUCACGCUUGGGGUGAGAAAUAGGAAUAUGUGACUAAACCAAUAACACGUUGCGGAAGUCAGUUUCGAAUUUUGCCUGCUGUGAACUGAGAAACAACUCCAUUUCUCUCAGCACUAGAUGGCCUAUUCAGUGUGUGUGUGUGUGUGUCCUCAUGUGUGCAGAGAGAGAAAGAGACAGAG